UAAAUUAAAUUCAGUCAUUUGAGCUCUUUCAAAUCGAAAGAACUGCAGAAAAUUAUCAAAUAUGAAUAAAAUUUGAUUUUAAAUGUUAUGUUUAAAUCUUUAACUGAAUAACAAUAGAUAAAAUAUUCUAAAUACAAGAACUAAUAACAAUAGAGUUCAACAAAUUUAAAUAAAAUAUUCUAAAUAACUAAUAACAAUAAAUCUUAAUUAAAAUUUUCAAAUCAACUAAUGAAUAACACUAGAUUAUAAACCUACAUAAUCAAAUUUAAUCUAUUAAAUAUCAAAUAACACCUCCUUAGUUGUGCCCGCUGCUGACAACAAUUUGCUUGGUCUUGUUACGCUUAUCAUCAUGAAAACAUAAAAGUCAUCUAAUAUAUUAAAAAAUAGUAAUAACCUUUCAUUCAAAAAAAAUGUCAUCUGAUAUAGAAAUAUUCUGAAUGUAACUCUAACUGGAGCAUUACUUGAGAUAAUAGAUAAACAAAGUCAACCUGUGUAUUUGUAUAACAAGAGAAACUUGCUUGCUUUGAUGACGUUUUAAUUACUGAGUCAGUUUUCAUGGAUUUUAAAAUCAUGAGGGGCUGUGAUGAUGUUUAAGUCAUGAGUCUAUUUUCAUUAAUAGUGUUAAUGUAAUCACUAGUGUUUUUCUUUUUAUCAAAUUUCAUAAUUUAUAUAAUACAUGAGCAAUUUACUCCUAUAAAUUCCAAUGGUCGUUGAUAGAAAAUUUUAAAAAUUACCAAAGAGUAUUUCUAAGGAUUAUAAUUAACCAUAAUGGGAAUGGCUGGUUUCACAGUAGCACUGAUGAUGAUAGGAAUGAUAAUAUCUCCUUGUGUCUAUGGAAAAGAGUUCUCCGAUCACCAGGAAAUCAAAGUAGAAAGACUUUUGAAGCAGCUCAACAAGCAUGCUCUUAUAUCCAUAAAGAGCGAAGAUGGUGAUAUAAUAGAUUGUGUUCCAAUACAUAGUCAACCAGCUUUUGAUCAUCCUCUGCUUAAAAACCACAUCAUCCAGAUGAAACCGAGCUUUAUACCCGAAAGUACGUCUACUUACACCAAGAAAAAAAUAAACGCUACUCAGGCGUGGCACAAGAAUGGAAGAUGCCCUAAAAAUACAGUUCCGAUAAGAAGAAUAAAGAAAGAAGAUAUCUUGCGAUCAAAAUCCAUCAAGAGUUAUGGGAAGAAGACGACUCCAAGCAGCCCUCAAGCUACUACGUUUGAUCCAAGUAAAGGCCAUGAGUACGCGGUCAUGAAUUCCAUGAACGGAACGUUUUUCGGGACACAAUUUUCAGUAAAUAUCUGGAAACCAGAAGUUCAAGUUGCCGAUGAGUUCAGCUUGGCCCAGACUUGGCUCGUGUCUGGAGUGGGCACUACUCGUAACACAAUUGAAGCUGGUUUGCAGGUUUAUCCAAGAAUAUAUGGUGAUAAUAAUCUAAGACUAUUUGUUUACUGGACAGCCGAUGGAUACCAAAGUACAGGGUGCUACAACAACGCAUGCUCAGGUUUCGUUCAAAGGAGCAAUCUUAUCACUGUAGGUGGAACCUACACCACCGUCUCAGAAUACGACGGAGAUCAAUACGACCUCUCCAUGCUUAUAUGGAAGGAUGGCGAAAACUGGUGGCUAAAGGUCGGUGAAGAGCUUGUGGGGUACUGGCCUGGCAAGUUAUUCAAUUCUCUAGGAGAUGGAGCUACCAUAGUUCAAUGGGGAGGUGAAAUCGUUAACUUGGAGACUGGUGGGAAACACACGACCACGGACAUGGGAAGUGGGCAUUUUGCAGAUGAAGGUUUUAAGAAAUCGAGCUAUUUCAGGAAUCUUAUGACAAUCGAUGAAACCAAUACUCUGAUAGAACCACAAGGCGUUUACCCCACGACUCGUCAUGAUAACUGUUACAACAUUAAAGCAGGGGAUGCUGGAAGUUCCUGGGGGGUUAAUUUCUUCUACGGUGGCCCUGGCCAGAACGAGAGAUGCCCUUGAUUUGGAUCUGUGUGCUCAAAGAUUUUGAGUAUUUUACAUGCAUGUCUGCAUGUAUCCGACUAUGAACGUGUGAGUAAGAAAAAUAACGUCAUGGAAGUUAAUUUUAUCUGUGUCUUUGGAUAAUAUGUGUGUACAAGCUUUUCGAAUUUCGCGUGUCUUUAAUUUGAAUAACAAUAAUAAUAUGUUUGAUAAGAUCUUCAGUUUAUAGUUAAUUGCUUUUGAUCUGCCUAUGAGGCUUUUGUA